UUUCCGGUUCUGGUGCAUUUUCCGUAUCAAAAUGGAAAAGUCUGAAGAAUUCAGUCAAGUCUUUUGUGCUCGUUGGUUCCUAUGUUUACCCUGUUAUUAAUGUUACCCUCCAUAAUAGGUCUUCGCUAUGGGGAAGCUAAAAUGUUUCGAAAUUAUUCUUCACGACAACAAAUCUGUUUUUCACCCCGGAGAACGGGUGAAUGGGCAGGUUAUUGUGGAGUUGAAAGGGGACAUGAAAAUGAGGUCUUUGAGAAUCUUCAUGAGAGGUGUCGCAAAAGUUCAUUGGACGGAAUCUCGUAGUACAGGCAGUAGACUUGGUUCCUAUACAGAGCAUUAUAAUGCUGAAGUUGAAUAUUUUUUCAAACGGCAGGUUUUAUUCGGAGGAGAAAUAUCUGAUGGAAGAGACACACUUACUGAAGGUCGACACCAGUUGGACUUUUCCUUUGAAUUGCCCAUGGGGGGCAUUUCAACAUCUUUUGAGGGUAAACAUGGUAGUGUAAGAUAUUGGCUGAAAGCUGAAAUGGACAAACCAUGGUCUUUUAACCAUAAGACCAAAAAAGCUUUUACAGUAAUAAGUCCUAUUGACAUUAACAGAAGUGAAUAUCAGACACAAGUUGAGUGUAGUGUAGAGAAAACAUUAUGCUGUUGGUUAUGUACAUCAGGUCCUAUAUCUAUAACAGCUCGUACUGAUAGAAGAGGAUAUUGUCCAGGAGAAUCGAUAGCUAUUUCUGCCGAGUUUGAUAAUCAUUCAUCUAGAACUGUCAUACCUUAUGCUACCUUGUACCAAACUCAAGCCUUUUUCGCCAGUGGCAAAUCUCGUGUUAGACGAACCAAGUUUACUGUUUUAACUGGUCUACCUGUAGCACCAGGUACUAGAGGAAGUUGGGAUUCCCAGUUAUUAAAAAUACCAGCAGUAUCACCAUCUAUAAUGAACUGUUGUGUUAUGAAAGUAGACUACUUUGUUAAGGUAGCUCUACAUAUUCCCGGUGCCUAUAAUUUAAGAAUGCAUCUUCCAAUAGUAAUAGGAACAGUACCAUAUCGACGAGCCCAGUCUUACCAUUUUAUGGAAUCCAGAUAUUAUCGUGAAACUCAAGCUCAGUAUGCCAUGGAUUUCUUGCCAGUGCCACCACCUUACCGUGAAACAAUAACACCUCCCCCACCGUUUGAUGAUCCACCGACAUAUGCUGAGAGUAUAGGAGGUGCUGUAGACUUAUGUGAAGAUGAUGAUGAUGAUCCGAGUUGUAAUAUGGGAGAUUUAACAUAUACACCUAUGUAUACUUAUGUUUAUGAUUAUAGACCACCGCCUGCUUAUUCUGAGAAUGAUCCGACUACUUCCUGUUUAUCUCAUCUAGAAAAUAUCAACAUAGAUGAUGAUGACGAUGAUGAUGAUAGUGAUGGUGAUUUAUGACAACCCGUAUAAAAUAACUUACAAUUUCAGAAAAGCAGUGCUCACAAUACAACCAUAAGAGUAUACCAGCCCUUUUCAUGCAAGACAAAUGGCAGCCAUUUAAAUAAAUAGAUCGGCAUGAUGGGUUGUUGUAGUGUACAUUACAUCAAUGUCAGAGCUCAAACAUGAAAUAUAAUGAUAUAUUUUACUUGUAAUUUAUAGUUACAUAGAUGACGUCAAAGUACUGUUUAUAUACAACAGUAUAGUAAAUUGUUUCAAAGGGAUUUAGUUAUUGAACUGGAAUAUACAGGUCACAAUUCUAUGGAAUACAAUUACUGCUUAUUACACUGUAACCCAGGUAUCGUUUAAUCUUGUGUAUCUAGCACUAAUUUCUUUCACAUUCGUUU